GAGCAGGGAAGAGGAAGUGUAAACCUUCUCCAGAACUGGGGCUAUGAAAGGAGCAUCUCUGAAGAAACUCCGUAGUCCACGAAAGCUGCCACAGGGCUGGGUAAAAGGCCAAAGAGGAACCCUCCCAUGCAAAGUCAUGAAACCGUGACCACAGCAAGAGCCAGGAAAGUGGGGUGGGGUGCGGGUGAACCAAAGCACCCAUGCAAACACCAGGGUAUAUAUGGAGUGCAACAACUAUUCCUAAAUUCAGUUAAAAUAUGAUGCCUGGAAAUCAGCACCCUGAAGAAUACAGGAUUGCAUCACUGGUCUUCUACAGUUUUGUAUUCACAGUGGGAUUGCUGGUGAAUGCCACCGCACUAUGGGUUUUCAGCUGCACUACCAAGAAGAGAACAACAAUAACUGUAUAUAUGAUGAAUGUGGCAUUACUUGACAUAAUUUUCAUACUUUCUUUGCCUUUUCGGAUAAUCUACCAUGGGAAAGAAACAUGGCCUUUCGGAGAUACAUUCUGUCGGAUUAUCAGUGCUUUCACUGUAUUUUAUCCAGCCAUUGCUCUGUGGUUGCUCACUUUUAUAAGCGUAGACAGAUUUAUGGCUAUUGUCCAGCCCAAGCAUGUCAAAGAACUAAAAAAUACAAAAAAAGCUGUGCUGGCUUGCACUGGAAUCUGGAUCAUGACCCUCGCAACAACAUCCCCAUUGCUGUUUUUACAAUCUGACCCAGACAAAACCUCGAAUUUCACCACCUGCCUGAAAAUGCUUGAUAUCAUCCAUUUGAAGGAAGUAAAUACAUUGAACUUCUCUCGCUUGAUUUUUUUCUUUUUGAUUCCCUUGUUUAUCAUGAUGGGGUGUUACCUAGUCAUUAUUUACAAUUUUAUCCGCGGCAAGACUUCCAAACUGAAGCCUAAGGCCAAGGAGAGAUCCAUAAGAAUUAUAGUUACUCUGAUUGCUCAAGUACUCAUCUGCUUUGUACCCUUCCACAUUUGCUUUGCCUUCCUGAUGUUGCAGGAAGAAGGAACAGCUUACAAUCCAUGGGCAGCCUUUACCACCUUUCUCAUGAAUCUCAGUACAUGCUUGGAUGUUAUACUGUACUAUAUCGUUUCUAAACAAUUUCAGGCAAGAGUCAUCAGUGUAAUCCUUUAUCGCAAUUACCUUCGAAGUGUGCGCAGGAAAAGUUUUCGAACUGGGAGUGUAAGAUCACUCACUAAUAUCAACAGUGAAAUGAUAUAAAAAGAGGAAAAAAAGGUCAGGGGAAUUUUAUAAUGUAAGCAAGUGAUUAUUUUUCUGAAUUCUAGCAUUCUUACUACACUGAAGAAUGUUCUAUAGCCAGAAAAAACAAGAUAUAUUUGUUGCACUGUAAAUAUGAGAGAAGCAGAAUAAUAAUUGCACCUCUUUAUAUUUGCUCAGCAGCUUUUGUAAAUCUGAAAUGAACUAAAACCUAGUAUCAUCAGUGUUAAACUUUCCAAUGCUUUCGUCAUCUCAAGAUUGUGAAUAUUGCCAGACAUGAAAUAGUAUUAGUAUAAUAAAGCAGACAACAGUGAAGAAUUAUGAUGCAAUGUAUAUAUUAAUUUUUUUAUAUUUGCACAACAAAUGCUCCUGAAACUAUUGUACAUCCCACACUUCUAAAAUUAGCUUAAUUCUCUCCAGAUCAAUGUUAGCAUGACUUAAAGAGAAAGCAUAUGUAACAUUUAUAUUUCAUUCAACUAAAAAUUUCUUUGAUGUUGAUUUCUUUGUAACUGACAACAUUCUGUAGUUAUAGAUAAAAAUACCAUCAGAAGGUACGAUAGUCAAACUGUUCAUUAGUUCCCUGUGGGUGUGAUGUGCGCAUUUAUUACACCCUGCUCUUCCACAAAGUAUCUUUUUACACAGAUGAAAAUACUGAAUUUGUGCAGACACAUUAGCAGCCUAUGUCCUAGCUACAAACAUCAAGGUAGCAAACAUGACGCAUAACUGCAGUACUACUCAAGCUUUCGACUCCUUUUGAAUACUCGCACACUACAAAAAAAAUAUAUAUCUUCAUAAUGUCAAACGCAUGCUUGUUCUUCCUUAUUAAAUCAGCCCUUAAGAGACACACUAAAAAAGCAGAAGUAAAAAAAAGCCUAGCAUGGUGUUUGGUAUUAAAAAUUUCACUCCAAAAGCUUUUAUUAUGACCUCAGGGCGUGCAACACAUGGAAACUCAAGCCUGUAUGAGG